UGUGAGUGAGUGAGUGCGUGCGCGUGUGUGUGUGUGUGUGUGCGCCAUGAAGGAUGAGCUUCUCGGGCGUCCAUCCCGCCGAUGCUCCCUCGUCUCUCGGCCAACUCUUGCGCACCCUCUGGUGCUCGCUCGCCGCCUGGCGAACUUCUCCUUCUUCUUCUCCUCCUCCUUUGUGUGGCCCUCUCGCCACAUUAUCGGUGUUGUUGUGUUGGUGGUUGUCUUCUCCCUCCUCCUCCUCCUCCUCGUCCUCGCUGAUUGAGAGCUCGGCGGAGGAGCUCAGGUCAUCUGCGGCUGAGGCGAAGAAGAAGAAGAAGAAGAAGAAGAGGAAGAAGAAGAAGAAGAAGGAGGAGGAGGAGAAGCAGGAAAGAUGGCGAUCAGCCACUACUAGCCGGAUCGGACGCACGCAUGAGACACAAGUUUGGAGGUGACGGAGAAGAUUGUAGCGGUUUCCCUGACUUUCCAGGGAGUGCUUUCCCUGUUCCGUUAUGGAGGCGCUGCAGUGUGAUGGCUGCGACUUCCGCGCCGAGUCGUAUGACGACCUGAAGACCCACAUUCAGGAAGUGCACACGGUCUUCCUGCAGCCGGCGGAUGCAGACGAGUCUGACUCACUGAAAGACGAGGAGGAGGAAGAAGAUGAUGAUGGCGAGGAGGAGGGGGAAGCAGCAGCAGCAGCAGAGGAAACCGGGGACACGCGUGACAAGGAUUCCACACCGACUAAAACUGAAAUGAGUCCCAACUCUGCAGACAGCUCCAGCAAGGUGCCGCAGAAGCAAACCGCCGAAACCCAUCUGCUGUUUUACCAGUGCAAAUUCUGCGUCCGUUACUUCCGAUCCAAGGUGUUCUUGAGGAACCACACCAAGAAGGUGCACAAUGUCGUUGAGGAGGGCGCGGUGGCGCCGAUCUCCUCGCAGACGGCCGUGGAGCACAGUGACAAUUCCAAAGUUUACUCGUGUCGGUAUUGCACGUACAAGUCGCCACGUAAAGGAAGGAUGAUCAAGCACCAUGUUAUGUGUCAUAGCAAGGUUCCCUUAGACGGUUCUAGAGGUCCUUCGGAGAAUGAGGAGCCAGAGGAGCCGCAGGAGUCAGACUCAACUGGCCGACUCAUGAGGGGGACCUUUGCCUGCGAAUGGUGUGACUAUCAGACAGACCAGAAAGCCGACUGGACGAAUCACGUGUUCAAGGAACACGGUGACAAGGUCAAGAUCGUUUCUUGCAAUUCCGAGCCAGACGGGGAUGCAGGUGCAAGCUCGCCCCAAGCGGAUUCGCCAUCCCAAAGCGCGAGUGCAUCAAAGACUGCUUCGACUGAUGGAUUUGUGGAAUCCCCGGAAAAAACGCUAAAAAUGCUUGAAGCAACGCAGAGUGGUGCAGGCACACCCAUCAGCGAGGACGUGGCGAAUAGGGGCGUAGAGACUGGCGGCAAUGCACUCAAUGAGGACUCCAGGAGCAGCCUUGAGGAAGAUGAAGACUUGGUUGAUAUUGAUGAUGAUCCCAACUACACUGGAACGCUGUCAGCAGACGCGAAGCAGCUUUUAUCAGACGAGGACAAUAAACUGCUGGAGACGAAAGGCAUACCCUUCAGGAAGUACAUGAACCGUUUCCAAUGCCCCUUUUGCUCCUUCCUCACCAUGCACAGGCGCAGCAUCUCGCGUCACAUUGAGAACAUUCACCUUUCCGGUAAAACCACAGUGUAUAAAUGCGACGAAUGCCCGUUCAUCUGCACCAGCCCUCAUAAAUUAGGCACCCACAAACAGAGCCACAGUUCCUCAGACAUGGAGACCAUGGACCUGACGAGCGACAGCCCAGAGCCUCAUCAUGACAGUGCAGCAGAGUCAGUCAACGGGGGCAAUGUAAGCAAAAUGAAUGGGAAAAAGCCAACGAGCACGUUGCACGAGCAGCAGAACCCCCAUCAGUGCACGCUUUGCAGCUAUUCCACCACCACUCUGAAAGGUCUGCGGGUCCACCAGCAGCACAAACAUUCCUACUGCGAUGACAUGGAUCCCGCCGUCUCGGAAAACCAGUUGACUGACCAGCUGGAUGCUGAUGUAGACGAAUCGCCAACCUGUCUACAAAAAACCCAGACUUCCAUUUUAGGGCUGGCCACCAAAAAACCCUUAGUAACCGGGAAAAGGGCGAGGAAGUCCAUCAACGACUUACCUUUGGAUUUGUCCUCGGUCAAAAAGCGAACUAGAAUUGACGAAAUUGCAAGCAACCUUCAAAGCAAAAUAAGCCAAAGCCAGCAGGACUUGGUCAUCAAACUGGACGACAUGGAUGACGAGGACACUGCGGACAACUACACGAGUGCUGACAAAGCGAGCAGAAGGCAUGACGAGAAAAAUGCCAUUUUCACUUACAACAUAGAACAGCCUCAUGCGAGGGACUUGGCUCUUAAAGGAAGCCGAGUCGGGAAAAGAAAAAGCAACCCCAAGUCCAAAUCCAGGAGCCUACCUCUGUCGUUGACUCUUUCUGAUGAUAGUGAAAACAUUUCAGGUGAUCUCCUGGAUAGCAGGGAGGUCACCCAUGAAAACAGCGACUAUGCGGAGGAACCCGGAGCCGCACGUUUCUACUGUAAACACUGUGACUACCACAACAAGUCUGCACGUAGCGUCAGCACUCAUUACCAGCGCAUGCACCCGUAUGUCAAAUUCAGCUUUAAGUACAUUCUGGACCCUGAGGACCAAAGCGCAGUCUUCCGCUGCUUGGAGUGCUACAUUGAAUACAACAACUACAACGACCUCCACCAACACUACAUGGAUCACCACCCUGAAGCCAGCAACGUGCUCAACUUCAACCAGCCCAAUCUGGUCUACAUGUGCCGCUUUUGUUCCUACACCAGCCCCAACGUCCGAAGCCUCAUGCCCCACUACCAAAGAAUGCACCCCACCGUUAAAAUCAACAACGCUAUGAUCUUCUCCAGCUAUGUUGUGGAGCAGGCCCACAAGACGUCUGAAUCCCAAACCCUGAGGGAGAUACUGAACUCCGGCCCCAAAAGUUUUAACUCUGCCAGCUCUACUCCAAGAUCCUCUUCAAGUCCGGUGCUGAAAACUGUGUCUAAGACCCCCAAGGCCACCACAGAGAUGGAUCCCCUCAAGGAAGCAAUGGGGGGCAAUGUCGUCGUAUAUGACUGUGAUGUGUGUACCUUUUCCAGCCCCAACAUGCACUCUGUUUUGGUUCACUAUCAGAAGAAACACCCAGAGCAAAAGGCGUCUUAUUUCCGUAUCCAGAAAACAAUGAAGGUCGUCUCCGUGGAUCAGCCAAUCACGAACACUUCGUUUAACCUGAGCACGUCCACCCCCCUGAAACAAUCAGGUGCGGCACUGUAUGGCUCAGAUGAAGAUAUGUUCUACUGUAAACAUUGCGUGUACAGCAACAAAUCUGUUGUGGGCGUGUUGGUGCAUUAUCAAAAGAGACACCCUGAAGUGAAGGUGACAGCAAAAUAUAUCAAGCAAGGUGCCCCCACUCCUGGUUUGAUGAAACUCAUGGACGAAUUGCAAAUAGCGGCACCUAAGCAGUUGAUGACGCAGUUUCAAAACAACGGUCACGGUGGAUCUACCAACUCCAGCCCUAAACUGGGAGACAAAAGUGAAGAUGAGCUGUUCUUUUGCCAGCACUGCGAUUACGGCAACCGGACUGUGAAAGGAGUGCUCAUCCAUUACCAGAAGAAGCACAGGGAAACCAAGGCAAACGCUGACUUGGUGCGUCGUCACACCGCGGUUGUACGCAGUCAACGUGAACGUGCGCAGUCCAGUAGCUUCGCUUCCUCCGUGGUCGCCCCGGCCCCUCCACCGGACCUUGAUGACGCGACCCCCUUGCGUUCCUUGAAGUGCAGACACUGUUCCUACACGUCCCCGUAUGUGUAUGCCCUCAAAAAGCAUCUGAAGAAGGAUCACCCCACCGUGAAGGCUAUCGCCAUGACUAUUUUACACUGGGCUUACCAAGAUGGCAUCUUGGAGGCUGGCUAUCACUGCGAGUGGUGCAUUUACUCCCACGCGGAACCCCAGGGCUUGCUGCUCCAUUACCAAAGACGCCACCCUGAGCAUAAUGUGGAUCUUGCCUACAUGGCGAGUAAGCUGUGGGCUGGACCGGAGACCAGCGAACACGGGGGGAACCUUGAAACGAAACAUUACAAAUGUCGGGAUUGUGCCUUUGAAGCCUGCACAAUAUUUGACAUAACGAGUCACUAUCAGGCGGUGCACCCGUGGGCAAUUAAAGCGGAUGAAUCAGUACUUUUGGAUAUUAUUCAAGGGACAGCUGAGAGGACCUCUGUAGAAGACGAUGGCUCCCUGUUCAUUGCCAUCCCCCCCUCAGAGAGCAACCCCAAUCGCCCUCACCCUCGUCUCUCCAUCUCCACGAAUCCCUACCAGUGCACUGUGUGUAUGUCAGAGUACAACAGCCUCCACGGCCUCCUCACCCACUAUGGAAAAAAGCACCCUGGCAUGAAAGUCAAAGCGGCAGACUUUGCACAGGAAGCCGACAUCAACCCCAGUUCUGUUUACAAGUGUCGCCACUGUCCCUAUGUCAACUCCCGCAUCCAUGGCGUCCUCACUCACUAUCAGAAAAGGCACCCGCUGGUGAAAGUCACGGCGGAGGACUUUGCCAAUGACAUCGAGCAAAUUGCGGAUGCCAGUGAAGCCGACGACAAGAACAAGACUCAAAGGCAAGGCUACGGCGCCUACAGGUGUAAAAUGUGCUCGUAUACGCACGGGACCCUGGAGAAACUCAAAAUUCACUACGAGAAGUAUCACAAUCAAUCAGCCACCGAGAUCUUCACCCCGGGGUUGACUCAUUUCUCAGUCGGACAAGACGCGGAGCCCAUUGCGGAAUGCAGUGCCAGUAACAUGUCGGGCACCGCCAAAGUCCAGGAGGUCGGUGAUGUUGACUUUACCCUUGCGCAGCUCCCCAUCAGUAAGCCAGAGAAGCACGCCAUCUUCAAGUGCCAGCUCUGCAAGUACUUCUGCUCCACCCGUAAAGGCAUCGCCCGCCACUACCGCAUCAAGCACAACAACGUCCGUGCCCAACCGGAGGGAAAAAACAACGUCUUUAAAUGUGCUCUGUGCUCAUACACGAACCCCAUCCGUAAAGGCUUGGCGGCGCAUUACCAAAAGCGCCACGACAUCGAUGCGUACUACACCCACUGCUUGGCUGCUUCCAAGACGAUGAGCGAGAAACCCAGCAAGCUGACCAUACCCACGCCAUCUGAAGGGGAGACCUCGGAGAUGAGCGAAGAGCUGCGCUUGGCCGUGGAGAGACGCAAGUGUUCUCUUUGUGCCUUCCAGGCGUUCAGCAGGAAGAGCAUUGUGGCCCACUACAUUAAACGCCACCCGGGCGUCUUCCCGAAGAAGCAGCACGCCAGCAAGCUUGGUCGCUACUUUACCGUCAUCUAUGCCAAAGAACCAGAAAAAGCAGAGGACAGUCCGAUGGAAACAGAAGAUAAGGAACUGAUGGAGGACACUCCAGAAGCCGAGCAGGACGGAGACGGAGACUGGCUGCCCUUUAAGUGUUUCAAAUGCUACCGGCUGUCCUUCAGCUCCGGCAGGCUGCUGUCUAUGCACUACAACGACCACCACAGCUCCGACUUCAAGAGGGACUUUGAGAUGUCACCCGACCCCGUGGAUGAGACCUCAGAGUGGUUCCAGUGUUCGCAUUGCGAACUCAAGUUCCUGGCCCUCCCUGUGCUGGCCACCCAUCUGCUGAACCACAAUGAGGAGUUUGAGAAGAGGGUCACCAGGCAGGAGAGGCGGAAGCAGCUCCUCGGCAAACACAAAGCAGUGGACGUACUGGAAAGCAAAGCUGAGAAGGAAAGCUGUGCAAACAAAGCUCCUGUAGGCUUCAGGUGUAACUUUUGCAUGGAGGUCCAUCCUACCCUGCGAGCCAUCUGCAAUCAUCUGAGGAAGCAUGUCCAGUAUGGAGAGGUCAAAGAGGGACACGUGAAGAAGGAAGUCGGCGAGCUUCCACUUACUGCCCCGGCACAGAGACUAGUUAACGGUGACGUGGAAAAGGAUGAAUCAGAAAGCCUCGAGGGACCCGCCGACGAUGCCGUGGACCCCGCGGGCUCCCCUGUUGCCACAGCGACACGGGAGCCAGAGCUGAAUGCCGUCGAUGGGAAGGCGGCGACUCUGGCGGCCAGGGCCUCGGCGUCGGGGACCUCGCUCAAGCAACGUCUGGCAACUGGAGGCCAUCCGUGUGCCCAGUGUGACCGAGUCUUCAUGUCCAUGCAGGGACUAAGGUCCCAUGAGAGGAGUCACUCGGCCAUGGCCAUGCUCAGCAGAGAGGACAAAUAUAGCUGCCAGUACUGCCACUUCGUCUCACCCUUCAGACACAACCUGGACAGACACAUGCAGUCUCACCAUGGCCACCACAAGCCCUUCAAGUGCAAACUGUGCCCCUUUAAGUCCGCCUACGUGAGCCGCUUGAAGAGCCACAUGCAUAAGGCGCACACCGGCGAGCAGCACACGUACAAGUGCUUGUCCUGCCCCUUCUCCUCCGUGACCAUCAGCCAGCUGAAGGAGCACUCUUUGCAGGACCACGGCGAGGCUUUAACCCUGCCCAAGCUGCGGGCCGCCAACCAGGCCGCCCACGCUGCUCUGAGGACCACCCGGCUGACUACCAGCGCUGAUCAGAGUCCUGGAGAAACUCUGGAAGACCCGUCUUACUGGGAGCAGGAGGAUUUUUCCCAGCAGCUCGGUCUUUACCAAACGGCUUCUCGUAGUCAUGCAUCGUCCUCUUCCUCCCACGGCUUGGCCGACAAUCGCCCGGACAGCAUCCUCACCUGCGAGUUCUGCGAGUUCAGUUCCGGGUACAUGCAGAGCCUGCGUCGGCACUACAGGGACCGUCACGGGGGCAAGAAGCUCUUCAAGUGCAAGGACUGCUCCUUUUUCACCUGCUACAAGAAUACUUUCACGACGCACGUGGAGGCCGGCCAUAACAACAACGCACCAGAGGACGUUCAGAGAGACCUUUGCUGUCCUCUCUGUCUCUACCACACCAAAUACAAGAGCAGUAUGAUCGACCACGUCGUUCUGCACAAAGAUGACCGUAUGGGUCCGCUGGAGGUGAACCGCUCCAAACUGUCGCGUCACCUCCAAGGCCUGGUGUUCCGCUGCCACAUGUGCACUUUCACGUGCUCCAGCGAGCCGGCCCUGCACCUCCACCUGCAGAAGCACGUGGAAGUCAAGCCCUACCAGUGCCAGCUCUGCUAUUACGACAGCCGACGCCGCAGCCAGCUUGAGGAGCACCUCCGCCUGGAGCACAAGGUCAUCCGGAACUUUGAGCUGAUGGGCCGCGUCAACUUGGACCAGCUGGAGAUGAUGAAGGAGCAAGAAAGCAGCAGCGAGGGGGACGAAGUAGAAGAAGCGCAGGAGGACAAUGACGGGAUGGAGAUGGCGGUCGAUGGAAGUGCUGCUGUUGCCGAGGAGGAGGAAGAGGCGGAGGAUGAAGGCAUGGAAGCGAUGGAAGACCCAGGAGAGGACGAAGGAAACAUGGAGGAUGAAGAGCGUGACGGCAGCAUCAAAGGAGAAGAGGAGGGAUUGAAGGAGAUGGAGGAGGACAGGCCUGCCCCACCAGAAGUCCUUGCUUCUCCAAGCAGUAGUAGCAGCAGCAGCAGCGAGAAGGGCGAGAAACGUCUUCCUUGCCAGUUCUGUGGACGCUGCUUCACUAACAAUUUAGAGUGGGAACGUCAUGUCCUUCGCCACGGCAUGAUGGUGAACAACAACCAACUGGACACCAGCACAAACUCCACAAUGGAGGCCUCCGCUCUGUCGUCCCUUUCUUCCACUUCCAUCGACACUGGACUGGACCUUUCCGCCAAUUGGGAAGAGAAUCACAACCCUUCGGAUCCAUCGCACAGUCAGUGCCAGGACGACGACGACGAGAUGCUUGACGCCAAAAAGGAUCAGCAGCUGGGUUGACCAGACUGGGACCCUCUUGGGACCCUGUUGAGACCCUAUGGGACCCUAUUGGCGCCCUCUUGGGACCCUGUUGGGACCCUAUGGGACCCUGUUGGGACAUGAAGGUUAGGUCCAAAUAGGAUGUUGAAUAAACAAAAAAAAGUGAAUAAACGUUUUGAGUUGCCGCAUUCUUAGGUUGUAGGUGUUACAUAUAUAAGUAUUAGGUUGUGCUGCUUACAAAAAAAAAGGCGGAGCUCCUGAAUGAAAUGGGCGGUCCCCUAGGACAGAUUUUUAAUAUAUUGGUAACCAAUAGUGAACUUUUAUUACCGACAUUCUGGUCAAAAGUACCGUGAAAGAUCCAAGCUAUAUUCAACUAUUUAUGGAGAAUGUUGCCCAAAAUGAUGGAACUGAGCGACUGGAAGCACCUUUUCCACCCGCAUAAUCAGAAAAGAUGAAAAUAGAGCUAACAUUUUCGGAUUGGCCCGAUGCAGAAGCAACAUCUGAUCUUUUUCCCAUUGAAGCCUUUAGUUUGAAAACCUGGAGUAGGACUCGCACCUUAUCUGUUUGACUACGUUUGCAAAUCCUCAUUGGUAGAACUGAUGGCAAUCGACCACCCGUGUUUUUGUAGCAAAUUGCUAUCUUUAGAUCCCUUAAUAUGAUUAUACUACGUAUAAGCCUUCCGCCUGUGGCACACCCUUCGUGUUUGGACUGUACUGCUUUGUUGUUCCGUCAUUUCCCUGAUGAAAAAUAGUGGAUUUUGGAUUAAACCUUAACCCUGAGACGUUGGUUUCCAGUCCGUCGUCAUUUAGGCAGUGCGCCCUGGGAUGCAUACGACAGUUUGGUUCACGGUCUGGAACUGACAGGACACUUGGUAAAGGUUGCACUUGUCUUUUGACCAGGAGGGCCAUGCUAGUCGGGGUUGGUGCAAAUGAAGCAAAAUGGCAGCUACGGUCUGUCUGGUUGCACGACUCUUGUUUGCCAUUGGCUGUGGUGUGGGAGGCUAGCGCAACGGUAGCAUACUUUGGCAUGGAUACAUGUGUAUUUAUUACUGGAUUACUUGCUACACAUUUUGCAUCGUUGGAAGAGUAUAAUAGUACUUUUAAAAACGCUUGUGUUCCUGCGUCCCCCUAGUGGCGCUAGUACCACAACAGUCAUUUUCGUGAGUACACGACCCACACGUCCCAAAAGCAGUGGGUGGUGUUUCUUUACUGAAUGACAUUGCCCUCUAGUGACUAGUAAACACGACCACUAGCCUCUUGCCCAAAGUCAGCUGGGAUAGGCUCCAGCAUGCCCUUACCCUAGUGAGGAUAAGACAUAGAGAACAUACCCUGGUUGUGUUAAAAAAGACUUCUAUCAUUUACAUAUUGACCCGCAUAUAAGAACACCCCUCUUUUUAAGACCAUUUUAUUCUUCAGAACAAGACCAGAAUUAAUCUUAUCAAGAUUAGCAAUAUUUGUAAAUGCUAACAUUACUGUUAUCAAAAUCAGCAAUGUUAGCAUUUAGCGCUUAGUAGUAGCACUGAAGCAGCGUUGCUUUAAAAAACUGCAUUGUAGAAGUAAAACGUCUAAAUACAUAUUCAAGUAUUUUUCUUGAUACAUACUUGUUCUCGUACUUGAUCAGUGAAGUAGAUGAGGACGUAUUUGCUAAUGGUAAUAUUAUAUAAUGUGUUUCACGGGUCUCUUCAGGUUUCUGGCGCGUGUGCGAUGGGAAGAAAAGCUCUGUCUGGCUUGAAGGAAGUAGUUCCGUGAUCUGCCCGUUGUAUAAAUCCCUACACCCCAAAAUAAAAGCAGAUGUUGUCCAACUGUCAAUUUCCGAUGCCGAUAUGUGUAAGGACAUAUCUCAUGUGGUGGAAUGAACAUGUUGUCCUGAUUUUUUUUGGAAAAAUUAAUCGGAAAACAUUGAACACUGGUUCCGAUAUCAACCAAUUUUUCUGAUAUCGAUACCGCUAAUUAUGGGACAGCCCGAAUUUGAAUUAAAAAGACAAGUGCAACCUAGACUGACCACCUUGUUUCUGCUAUCGUUUGACUUUUAAACUGUUGACACCCCCCCCCUUUCCCCCUCGUCGUCUGCUUGUGUGUCAUUCUCUUGGUGUAGAUAAGAGUCCCCAUGUUGACCCCCCCCCACCCCCAAAACCAGUAGAUUGUAUUACGUUGAAAGUUGCUGCUCCGACGCCCUAAAGCCUUACGAGGAAAAGAAGAGCAAUCAGAUAUUAGUGCAAAAUUCCAGAUCGGGACAUUUUGGAUGGCAUUGAGUGGAGAUGCGGGGUGCGUUUUUCCGUUACUGGUUUCUGACCUCUUUCCAAAAGGGAAAUCUGCUCAUUUCCGUUUGCAGUCUUGUACAGAGAACUCCUUGUUAAGUGUUUGAACUGUGGUGUUUCAGAAAGAAUACACAAGUCCCUUUUUCUUUCGUCUUUGCAUCUUUUCCCAAAAAUAAUGAUAUUUUAGGUUUUUUUUUCGGAAUUCCCGAUCCAAUACCCUGCUAUAAAAAAAUCCAUUUAAAAUGGAAAAUUGUCUCCGGAUAGGAAGAUCGUAUAUAGGAAUAGGAACAAACAUCCAUUCUUACCAAGAUCCACCUCCCGUCUAAUCCAGUCGUUGUAUCAGAAGAUCGGGAAGCUAUCCGCCUAUCCAUGCCCCCGUUUUACUCGAGUUAUCCCAUCGCCAUUCCCGCCUGGUUGCUGCUUGGCUUUCCUUUAAACACAGCCAGCUGGUAGCGUUCUCCAACCUUCGUGGUGUCACUAAAAGGCAGCUCCUACGAUUGUUGAGCAGAUGUUGCAUCAUUAUUCUUGUGACAAUCGGCGAAAUGAGCCCCCCCCCCCAAAAAAAAAAAACCAUGAGAUGUUGUGUGAUCUUUUGAGUAGUCCGUGACUUACCAAUCCCCCCCAAACGCGUAGACUCCCUGCUGACAACACACUGGAUACUUUGUACAUAGGUGUGCUUUUUGGCUCCAUAGGUGGACACUAGCAUCUGUCCUUCUUGCCUUUCUUCUCGUCCAAAUCUUGAUUACCUGAUGGUGGGUUGUGAUGUUGCCUAGGAUGAUUGUUUACACUUUUAUUCCAUUUAUCUCUGGAUAUUCUGUAAAUAUUGUAAUUCAUUGUCUUUUUUUAACUUGAUAAUAAAGUUAUCAGAUAAUGGUCACUUGUCGUUUUCCUGCAUUCUGCUUCAACGAGCCAAUGAAGUUGCAGCUCGGAUGGCUUUCAGGUCUUACGUUUGGAAGGAAAACCAGACCACUAAUGUUAGCAUUUAGCGCUUGGUAGUAGCACUGAAGUAGCGGCGCGUUCUAAAAUUGCAUUGUAGAAAGAAAACGUGUAAAUACAUAAUUAUGGUAAUGGUUUAAUUUCAUUUGAACA